AUGGCGUCCGUCUCCACACCGGCUUCAGAAGCAGUUCAUGCCCAACUCAAACACCUCUACCACACCUACCGCCACACCCUGCACAUACCUUCCAAAGCCAGCUUCUUCAGUCCAACAUGCAUGCAAGUCUGCCGCACCAAUCCCAGCUACGCCGCACUCAAGCGAGACACUAUCAUCCAGUAUCUCUUGGAGGCCGCUGGUUUUCAAGACGUUGAAAGUUACGAGCGUGUGCAAUCAUCUUCUACCGCAACAGAGGCUGAAACUGUCGAAGCCCCGAAUGAUGAAAAGCGUUCAGCUCCCAGCGAUAUCAAGGCACUGACAGGGAAGAGCUACUACAGCAUUCGCCCACUCAAGGCAAUCGAAGAAUCGGAGGUACUUGCCGAAGAAGUCGUCGCACCACUGGGCAUGACGCCGUCGCAGCUCGACGAGCUGACACAGUCCGAGAACUGGAUCGGCAUGAGAGUGGAUCUCUGGGAGGACAACGACAACGACAACGGCGAUGGCGCGGGCCGAUUGAUCAAGGUCAAGUAUUGGUGGCGGCAAGAGAACGUGGACGGAGAACUGAAGUGGUUGCAGUGCCUGCACGAUAUCAUGAGUAUCGGUGAGAGGGACGGGAGUGAGGGUAAGGAAGGGGACGUCUUGGAAUGA